AUGUCAAAUAAAGAACAAGACUAUUAUGAGAUUUUAGGAGUAAGCAAAACAGCUUCUGACGAAGAAAUUAAAAAGGCUUAUAGAAAAUUAGCCAUCAAGUGGCAUCCAGAUAAAAACCCUAAUAAUAAAGAAGAAGCCUAAGAGAAGUUUAAGAAAAUUGGGGAAGCCUAUUCAGUAUUAUCAGAUAAGGAUAAACGAGCUAUUUAUGAUAUCUAUGGUCAUGAUGGUUUAAAAAAUGGUGGCGGUGCCGGUUCAUUUAAAGGAUUUCAUGGUUUUGGUGGUUUUGGAGAUGGAUUUGACGCCUUCAAGUAAUUUGAGAGUUUCUUUUAAAACUUUGGAAUGGAUGAUGAUGAUUUUGGGUUUUUCUUUGGAAGAAAAGGCAACAAAAAGAACAGUAACAAUUCUCAAAGAAGUCCAUUUGGGUUUGGUGGAUUUGGAGGUUUUGGUGAUGAUGACUUUAUGGGCAUGGGAGGAGGUUCAUUUUCAUCAUUUUCAUCUUCAAACUUCGGAGGUGGAUUUGGAGGAUCAACUUCCGUCUCUACUUCAACAACAAUUCAAAAUGGUCGUAAAGUCACAGUUACAAGAAAGACCACUACAAAGGCUGACGGAACCACAGAAGUAGUUGAAACAAUAGAUAAUGGAGGAAGAAAAGAAGAGAAAAGAUACUAAUUAGAAAAUGGAUAAAGAACCGAUGGAUCAAGAUCUAUUAAACAUUGAUAACUAAAUUUUAUAUUCUCCUUUCAUUUAUUUAUUCUAAA